GUUAUGAAGAAGCCCAGUAAACGAUAAAAUACAAUUCAAUUCGAAGCGAAAGAGAUCCGCUCAGUGAAAACCCUAGUUCGCGCCGGUGUUUGUUGCCAUCGUUCGUGGUCGGAGAUGGCGGGAGGGAAGAUGAAGAAGGAGAAGCCGCCGCAGCGCGGCGGAGCGGCGAACCCCCACUACCAGGGAGGGAUUCAGUUCCACAAGUCUAAGGGGCAGCACAUACUCAAGAAUCCUCUUCUGAUCAACACAAUCAUUCAGAAAUCCGGAAUCAAGAGCACCGAUGUGGUGCUCGAGAUUGGUCCCGGUACCGGAAACCUCACCAAGAAGCUCCUCGAAGCCGGCAAGUCCGUCGUGGCCGUGGAGCUUGAUCCUCGUAUGGUCCUCGAGUUGGAGCGGCGCUUCCAGGGCACGCCCUUCUCCAACCGCCUCAAGGUUAUCCAGGGAGAUGUGCUCAAGUGUGACCUGCCAUACUUCGACAUCUGUGUGGCAAACAUCCCUUACCAGAUUUCCUCUCCUCUCACCUUUAAGUUGUUGUCUCAUAGACCAUUAUUCAGGUGUGCGGUGAUAAUGUUCCAGAGGGAGUUUGCUAUGAGACUCGUUGCUCAGGCUGGUGACACCCUAUAUUGUCGUCUUUCUGUGAACACCCAACUUCUUUCCCGUGUUUCCCAUUUGUUGAAAGUUGGAAGAAAUAACUUUCGUCCUCCCCCAAAAGUUGAUUCGUCUGUGGUGAGAAUUGAGCCGAGAAGACCACAGCCCUCUGUGAACUUUAAAGAAUGGGAUGGUUUGGUUCGGAUUUGCUUCAACAGAAAGAAUAAGACCCUAGGUUCAAUAUUUCGACAAAAAACCGUGCUGUCAUUACUGGAGAAGAACUAUAAAACCUUGCAAGCAUUACAACUGUCGCAGAACGGUUCAUCAGAGGAUACGGAGAUGGCAAUGGAUGCAUCGGCUCUGGGAGAUACUGGCGAGGAUCCGAGCAUGGAGAUCGAUGAUGGAAGAGAUGAUGAUGAGAUGGAGAUGGAGGUGGAGGUGGAAGAUGGGGACACAAGAGGGUCUGAUUUUAAAGAGAAGGUUUUGUCUGUUCUGAAGCAAGGAGGUUUUGAAGAGAAGAGGUCCUCUAAGCUGGCUCAAGCAGAUUUCAUGCACCUACUAUCUCUGUUUAACAAGGCUGGAAUACAUUUCUCUUGAUUGAUUUCGACAAUUUUUGUUCUAGAAUGAGAAAGAAGGAAGCUUUGGUUACUAGCAUCAGUUAUUGAUGCUCAGUGAAAAAAGAAAAAAGAGAAAAAGAAAAAUCGAGGUUGAGGCUUUUCUUUUCUUUUCUUCUCGGCUUGGUUGAGAUAAUAAUUUUUGUGUUAGAGGCACUGCACUUGGGUUAUUUUGGUGUUAAUUUGUAAUUUUAUUUAUUCUGGUGAAGAAAAAUACCAUUGUUAUUACUAUUGGAUAGAGAGAACCCAUUUGAAUAACAUUGAUUUAACACAUUUUUAUUGAA